UCUCUACUGGGAGGCAUGCAGUGGCGGAGUCACAGAAUGCAACAGGAAAGCCAAACAAGUACUGUGAAUGGUCUCUUGUAAAUAACUGCUAUUCCUUCCUUCUCUGUUUUCUUCAACGCUUCUCUGGCGGCGAUUGAGAUGGAUGCACACGCUCCUCUGCUCAAAACCUCAGACGCUCCGCCGCCUUCCCUGGCGAUGGUGGCCGAGAACGGCGACUACGCUCCAGUUGAGGGGUUUAGGGCCGCCAGGGAGGUGUUCUGGACAGAAUCGGUCAAGUUGUGGCAGAUUGCCGUGCCGAUCAUUUUCAACAUUGUGUGCCAAUUCGCCGUCAACUCCUUCACCAACAUUUUCGUCGGCCAUCUUGGCGAAAUUGAGCUCUCUGCGGUUUCUCUGUCUCUUUCUGUUAUCGGAACUUUCUCUUUUGGCUUCAUGCUUGGCAUGGGAAGUGCAUUGGAGACACUUUGUGGUCAAGCUUUUGGUGCUGGACAAAUUUACUUGCUUGGUGUUUACAUGCAACGCUCAUGGAUAAUCCUAUGGGUCACCUGCAUUUUACUCUUGCCAAUUUACAUCUUUUCAGCUCCAAUAUUGGAAUUUCUAGGCCAACAGAAAGAGAUAGCUGAUCUUUCUGCAAAGUUCACUAUAUUGGUAAUUCCUCAGUUUUUCUCACUAGCCAUCAAUUUUCCAACCCAAAAGUUUCUUCAAGCUCAAAGCAAGGUUAAUGUGAUUGCCUGGAUUGGUUUUGUGGCUCUACUUCUGCGCAUUGGGUUGUUAUGGAUCUUAGUAUAUGUAUUCAACUGGGGCUUAACUGGUGCAGCUGUGGCAUUUGACGUCACAAGUUGGGGGAUUUCAUUGGCUCAAGUUGUUUAUGUUGUAGUUUGGUGCAAGGAGGGGUGGCAUGGAUUCUCCUGGACAGCAUUUAAGGAUAUAUGGGCUUUCGUUAGGCUAUCACUUGAAUCAGCUGUAAUGCUUUGCCUUGAGGUUUGGUAUAUGAUGAGCCUUAUUGUUCUUACUGGCCACCUUGAUAACGCAGUCAUCGCUGUAGAUUCUCUCUCAAUUUGCAUGAAUUACAAUGGAUGGGAAGCAAUGCUGUUUAUUGGAAUAAACGCAGCAAUAAGUGUCAGAGUUUCCAAUGAACUUGGACUGGGACAUCCAAGAGCUGCAAAAUACUCUGUUUACGUGACAGUAUUCCAAUCUCUCUUGAUUGGCAUAUUUUUUAUGGUUGUUAUUUUGGUAACUAGAGACUAUUUUGCUAUAAUUUUCACGAGCAGCAAAAUUUUGCAUGCGGCAGUCUCCCGCCUAGCUGACCUCCUUGCUGUGACAGUACUUCUUAACAGUGUUCAACCAGUGAUUUCAGGUGUUGCCGUUGGAGGUGGAUGGCAGGCACUGGUGGCUUACAUUAAUGUGGGUUGUUAUUACAUUUUUGGGCUUCCCCUGGGAUUCUAUCUUGGUUAUGAAGCAAAGUUAGGGGUCAAGGGACUUUGGGGAGGAAUGAUAUGUGGAACUGCUCUACAGACAUUGAUGCUCUUGUUUGUACUUUAUAGAACCAAUUGGAACAAGGAGGCGGAAGAAACAAGUGAACGCAUGAAGAAAUGGGGAGGGCAGGAAGACAUGGAAGUCGAUGGGAUAACAGGCAGACCCUAAGCUCUAAACAUCUGUAAAGCUGGCAGGUAACCUUAUUGUUGAAUUCGCAUGUCCAGAACCAACGGCCAUCCAACUGGAUCUCAUGCUUUAUAUCAAGGGUCAACGGUCUUGCAUGCUUAUUCCGGCUUUAUCCAUCCAUGUAAAGCACUCGCUACCCUUUUGGUACAAAUAUAUAUUCCCUGUGUAAGUUGUCAUCUCCUGAUGAAGAUAAGACAGACAGAAAUACCUCAUUUCUUCUUUAUUCUCCGGUCUUGCUAUUUUUAAAAUUGUUUUCUCGUGACAUUAUAUGAUGAAACAAAGCGCAAAUAAGAAA